UCUCCGAUUGGUUUGUCGUACACUGCCGGAAAGUGUGCUCACAGGCCGCUUUACCAAGCGUCUCCCUUUUGGAUUUUAUUUGUUGUUGUUAACGUGUUAUUAUAAUUUCUUACUUAUGAAUAUUUGUAUUGUUUAUCAAAAUGGCUGAGAAGUUUGACAAUCUCGAGGAGCAUCUUGAGAAAUUUAUCGAAAAUAUCCGACAGUUGGGAAUCAUCGUCAGCGAUUUUCAGCCGAGCAGCCAAACAGGACUCAAUCAGAAACUGAAUCUGAUGAUAACAGGACUGCAAGAUAUCGAGAAGUGCCGGCAACAGCUUAACGACAUCCACGUACCUCUGGAGGCAUUUGAAUACAUCGAUCAGGGCCGUAAUCCUCAGCUUUACACAAAAGAAUGUCUGGAGCGAGCUUUGGCUAAAAACGAACAGGUGAAAGGAAAGAUCGACACCAUGACGAAGUUUAAAAGUCUUCUCAUCUCUGAACUGGGAAAGGUUUUUCCUGAAGAAAUGGCUAAAUACAAGGCGAUCCACGGAGACGACCCUCCUUCAUAGUCUGCAGAAGCGCACUCAAGACAAUUUGUACAUAUGUCCAUAUGCACAUUUUCUACAGUAUAGAGCAUCGAUCAUGCUAUACAUUUCUACAGCUUUUCGAUGUUUAUAUUUACAUUUGUACUUUUCACAGAUAUUGCGACUGUGUGAUGCAAAAAGUUUUUUUUGUGUGUUUUGAAUUGUAAUUUUUCUUUUGCCUUUGUUUUAUUAAUUAAAGAAUUAUUAUAAUGAACUAAAAAA